UGGCUGUUGGAGGCUGAUGAAGAACCUCACUGUUACAUCCAUGUGUGUGUUCUGGGCCAGUUGGACAAAGCAUGUGUGACACAGAGACCCAUUUUCUUCUCUUUCAUAAUCAUUAGGCAACAGUCAGCCUUUAGGUUAAUUUGAAUACAAGAUCAGAUCUGAUUGGCCCAGCUGUGCAACUCUUCAAGGAAAACCCGUAUUCUCUGUGAAAGGAAUAAGUGACAUAGAUCAAGAUGAAUGCCAUGCUGGAGACUCCCGAGCUCCCCGCGGUGUUUGAUGGGGUGAAACUGGCUGCCGUGGCUGCUGUCCUCUACGUCAUUGUUCGGUGUUUGAACCUGAAGAGCCCUACUGCCCCUCCUGACCUCUACUUCCAGGACUCCGGGCUCUCGCGCUUCCUGCUCAAAUCCUGUCCCCUUCUGACCAAAGAAUACAUUCCACCACUGAUCUGGGGGAAAAGUGGACAUAUCCAGACAGCCUUGUAUGGGAAGAUGGGGAGGGUGAGGUCACCACACCCUUACGGGCACCGCAAGUUCAUUACCAUGUCAGACGGAGCCACUUCUACAUUCGACCUCUUCGAGCCCCUGGCUGAGCACUGUGUUGGAGAUGACGUCACCAUGGUCAUCUGUCCUGGAAUUGCCAAUCACAGCGAGAAGCAGUACAUCCGAACCUUUGUUGACUAUGCCCAGAAAAAUGGUUACCGGUGCGCAGUGCUAAACCACCUGGGAGCACUGCCCAACAUUGAGCUGACCUCCCCACGCAUGUUCACUUAUGGCUGCACGUGGGAAUUUGGAGCCAUGGUGAACUACAUCAAGAAGACAUAUCCCCAGACCCAGCUGGUCGUCGUGGGCUUCAGCCUGGGUGGUAACAUCGUGUGCAAAUACUUGGGGGAGACGCAGGCGAACCAGGAAAAGGUCCUGUGCUGUGUCAGUGUGUGCCAGGGGUACAGUGCGCUGAGGGCCCAGGAGACCUUCAUGCAGUGGGACCAGUGCCGCCGAUUCUACAAUUUCCUCAUGGCUGACAACAUGAAGAAGAUCAUCCUGUCUCACAGGCAAGCUCUUUUUGGAGACCAUGUUAAGAAACCCCAGAGCCUGGAGGACACGGACCUGAGCCGGCUCUACACAGCAACAUCCCUGAUGCAGAUUGAUGACAAUGUGAUGAGAAAGUUCCAUGGCUAUAACUCCUUGAAGGAAUAUUAUGAAGAAGAAAGCUGCAUGAGGUACCUGCACAGGAUAUACGUGCCUCUCAUGCUGGUUAACGCGGCGGACGACCCCUUGGUACACGAAAGCCUUCUAAACAUUCCAAAGUCUCUCUCGGAGAAACGGGAGAAUGUCAUGUUUGUGCUGCCGCUGCACGGGGGCCACCUGGGCUUCUUUGAGGGCUCCGUGCUGUUCCCUGAGCCGCUGACCUGGAUGGAUAAGCUGGUGGUGGAGUACGCCAAUGCCAUUUGCCAAUGGGAAAGGAGUAAGUCCCAGUGCUCAGACACGGAGCAGAUGGAGGCCGAGCUAGAAUGAACCCUCCGGACUCUGGCGUGCUCCAGCGGCCUUCCUCUGGAACCCACGUCCCUUUGACGGCUGUUUCAGGUCUCCCAUCUCCCUCAUUGACCUGGAUCUGACCUCAUACCAUCAGCGGGGGCCACCUAUCAUGCAACCUGUCUCAAGUAGGCAGCUCUCUCCCUGGGAGCUCCAGGCUAUUUUUGUGCUUAGUUACGGGUUUUCUCCAUUGCAUUGUUAGCCAUGGUGGCAAGCUACAAGAUUCUCACCCUUCUGUCCAGUUUCAGUAUCUGAUUGCUUCCAUGCCGGUUACAUCUAGUUUUCCUAUUAAGGAACGUGUCUGAACUACAGUUUUGCUUUGCCAAUCAAAAGGCCUUUCCCUGAGAACAGUGAAGGAUGUAUGUCAUUUUGUGAUGGUCGUAUGUGCCCUCCUAGAGUCCCCACCAAGAAGUCAGCAUCUUUAACCAAUGCUGAAGAAAUGACUCCGCUUGGGAGUCUGAGAGCCUGGGACUUCCUGGGCCUCACUUUUGCUGAAACCGAGGAAAUUCCCUGACUCAAAAGCCAAGUUUUCCUUCUCACCAUCCCCUAAGACUCCUCUGUCUUGUCUUGCUGCUGCUGAGAGUUGCAUGGGGCACUUGUCUAAAAAUUCAGCCUCCCAGAUCCCUCCCCUCGGAGAGGCUGACUCAGUGGGUUUGGGAAGGGCUCUGGGGAUUUUAAUUUUUGACAAGUGCCCCAGGGAAUUCUCAUCAUUCAGCAAACUGAGGGAAACACCACACUAGAGCGCCUUUAAAUUAGAAACAUCUUGGUAGCUCAUUUGACAUUCAUAAGCCACAGUAUCGCUUUGCUACCAGAGACCUCCGAAGCAGCAAGGCCUGAUGUAUGGCUGCCCUUGUGUGAUCUCACUGUGGUGUCCCUAAAAGGGAGAAGACAUUUGGGCAGAGCCCUGGCUCUGCUUCUCCCCGGAUAAGUCCUUUCGGACUUGACUCUCAUCCCCUGUUUAAUGGGGAACUUGGACCAGGUAGAUUGCCGAAAUGACCACCAGGUCUACAGUUCAGUGACAAACUCAGUGUACUGAGGUUUGAGAGAGCAUCCCUCCAGGUGAGUCUGGGAGUCCAUCUCCCAGGCUGAGCAUGUAAAUGCCGUUAAUUGCAUUUUUUUCCCCUUUCCCCAUUUCAUAUAAAGAGAUUUUUAGAGUCAUAAUCACUCCCUUGUAAUUUUAGUUUUCCAUCCCAGGUCCAGCUAACAUCUAAUUGAUACCAAACAAUUCAAAGUUGGAUCGGAAUUUGAAGAAAUGUGUUUCCAGCUGAGAGAAGGGAGUGUUCUUUUGAAAUCAGUUUGUAAUUAAAUAGCCUCUGUGUGUUGUCUGUUGGGUAGAUCUUUCUGAAAUGUCUUCUCAAGUAGACAUGUCACUCUAGGAUUCAAGUAUUCCACUUUUGGAAUCCUGUGGUACUUGAAUCCCUAAGAACCUGCACUUUGAAAAAUCAGCAGUUGCUCUCUGGAACUAAAUGGGUGAUUUGCCUGGAUGCUAUUAUCUUUUUCUCUAUUUCAUCUUCGUUGGCUCCAGGACAGACUGAUGUAUGGUAGUGGGUCUAUGUGGAUGUUUAUGAAGUCACCGGAAUACCCGAAUGCCAACCCUCGGGGCUGCGGGUGGAAUAGAUCAUGGCCAUCGGCUCAAGAGACUGUGACAGGAAUGUCUGUACAGUGAAGAACUAACUUUUCGACAAUCAUAAGAUCAUCUCAAUCAUAAGUAGACAUCGUCUCAGAACACUGAGAUGUCUGCAGUCUCCCAGUUUGCUAUAAUUUUUCACACUCACCAAAUUCUGUCACCGUGCCCUUCCAGUGGUUGGCAUUUCUCUUUUAUGUUCUCUUAUCACAAACUGGCACUUUAUCAUUCAUCCCUCAAUUUGGAAGCUAAUCCUUCUCUGUCAAUUUUCCCUCCACCCAACCACAGCUAUAAUCGGCUCACAUAGUUCCUGCUACUGCCUUCAUUCCUUAAGACUUUUAAUGACAGCAGUAAGGUAAUAGACUGAGUCACCACCCCUGGAAGUGAGGGAGCUCCCUUCAUUUGCCUGAGGUCAUAUAUCUUUCCAAGUCCCGACAAAGCAGUAGCUUGGGUACCACCUGCCCCAGAGAAAGCCCUGUUGUCACACGUAGGAGGAAGUGGAAGGCUGUCCUGGGAGCCUGGUGCAGCAGCCCUGGAGGCCCACUGAGGAGAGGUAGAGCUGGGGCACAGCCUUUGUUGCCACACUACUGGAACUCCAGCCCCCAGGACUGGGGGGAGGGGAUGUGUGCCAGCUGAAACCUCCUUAGUGUGUGACUCUGACUGGUACUGGCAUUCCAUUCUGCUUCACAUGAAAUCAACGGAAGCUCUUUAUUCAAGCUUUGGGCUCUCAGACACGGAAAUGAGACCGUGACCAUGGCAGUUGGACAGGAAAAUUCUUGUUUGACCCUGAAUGAGAGCACAGAGGCAUGAAUGUGGAGGUGCCAGCUUGCCUAAUGAAUGAGGGAACAGCCCUUUAUGUAGGUCAGCCGCUUUCCUUCCCCUGGGCUGCCGUGCUUUCUUCCCAAAGUCAUCCAUUUCUGAUAAUGAUGUGAAUUGUCUGUUAGCUAUCAAGUACUUACUUGGACCAAAGACUGAAUUUUUAGAGAGCAUUUGAGUGUUCUGUUUUAAAAUCAAGGAUAGAAAUUGCAUAGAUCUAGACAAUUCUGUGGCACUAAUAACAUUAAAACCCAAGUAGGGAAUGCACCUACAUUGCUCCCGAAUAAUUGGAAGACAUGGACUUCGGUUAAAUUAGGAUUAACUGACUUGAAAAGAAAAAGAUCCAGGCCGCAUAGUUUAACAGGAGUUUUGCAGACUCGAAACCCGUUCUCUCCUGCGAUGACUUUUCAUCAUCCAUCCUAGAGCAGAAUGAAAGUGGAAAGUUUGUUGUGCUGUAUGCUUUCCAUUUGUGUAACACCUUAGACUUACAAGGGACCUUAGGAUCUAGUGGGAUAUUCCUGAAAGGGGGAUCUUCCUUCAUUCUCACGGUGUUACAGAGCCGGGUCAGGAAGCCUGUCACUCAUCCCCACUGGCUCUGACUCAUGUUGGACAUAGUGGGCAGCUUCACUUCUCUGAGCACAUCAUCUCUAAGACUGCUUCAUCCACCCAUGCAUCACUUGCUCAGUCAUUGCUAAGUAGCUGCAGGUAGAAUAAGGUGAAUCCUGACCCCUAAGCUCAUCUUGAGAGGACUUGGAGAGAAAGAGCACAUGAAUUCAGCUUUUUCUAGUUAGGACGCUGGACAGUGUCUUUGACCUCUCUUCCUAGUCUUCACUAGUAUGACAGUUUACUUGCUAUUCUGAGGGUAGUCUUGUGACUGUAGCAGGUGAGAGCCACCGGUAGUGAGGAGAGUACCUCCGGCCUUCAGUGUGACCAGGCAGAGUGUGGACGGUUGCCAGGGCAGAAGUCCUUCCUGUGCAGGCUCGUCCUGAACGCAGUCUGCACUCAGCUGAGCCCUCUGGAUAGCUGAGCUUAUCUGGCUGGCAUCCGGAUGAGAGCUCUCUUUGUAAGUGGCUGACUUGACACAGAGUUUGCCAGCUCCGGGGAUACAGUGCAUGUGUUGUUUGUGUUUGCCCCGGAAGCAGGUGUUAGAGAUGUGAGAGGCUUUUCUUUAUCCGUGGCCUUGAUCCUGACUUAGAGUGACAGUUUUAAAAGCAGAAGGAAAAACCAAAAACAGAAACAAGCAACCACGUGGAGGUGAAGGAACUUGUGGGUUUCCUUCCUUUAGGCACUCAGGGGAGCGCUUGGGAAGCCUCUCACUUCAGUAUCUUGUCACAGUGUCAUCUGAAAUUCUUUUCCUUACCCAGAAAGCCUUAACUUGCCUCUAGAAAAUCCCCUGGUAUGACAACCUUGUGGCAUAAGAUUUCAAACCCUUGUGCUAUGAAAGUUUGAGGCAAAGCCACAGCCAAACCAGAGAAUUUCCUCAGGUGGCCUGGAGGCUCCUAUGACAUCACCCCCACCUCUCAGCUCCAACAUGAGUGAUCCAGAACAGCCCCUCCAUCUGUCUUCUUGGCCUUACUCUUUUUCAAAAGCCACAUUGGAUCACUCAGAUGCUUCCAGAAGGGGCCUGGUUGGCAUUUAGAGGCCAAGCCAUUGGAGGCCAGCUUUCUCCCACCUGUUAUCUAAGCAAAGGACAGUACCCGUUCUUCAUAUUCUAGGGUAUUUUGUUGUUGUUGUUCCUAAACUAUAUUUACAGCUAAGGACACAGGAACAGGCCCCUGCCGGCUAAAGAACCAGAAUGGCAUCCAGAGCCAAGGCUGCUCUGUCACUGCUGCCUCCAGGUGCUACAGCCCAACGUCGUCUUUAGAAACAGGCCACAGAGUAUAGCUUGCCAACAGUCCCCAGACACCCAGAACAUAGACAGCUGUCCCUUUUGGAAGAAUCCCUCUGCCAUGUUUUCCAGCUGUUUUGUUGUUGUUUUGUUGUUGUUGUUUCCUGGCAUGUAUGUAGGUAGAGCUUUCACUGAUGCCUAAUAAAAAAGCUGAAAUCAAUUUCUAAUUGGUAGAUUAAGUCUGACAUCCUGACUUUCUUGAAAGUUCUCAGCUUUUAACUAGUCAAAUUAACUAGUCCUGUCAAUUACUAACAAAAUCCAUAACCUUCCUUCUUCCCCCUCUGGUCCCCAUUAGCCAAGUAAUUUUCUAUUGCCAUAAAUUGGAGACAGGCCACUUCUAGCACCCGCAGAAGUACCUUAGUCUCAGUGGGCAUUCUGCCGCCCCCCCCCCCCCAGGCCACACAGAGCAGUCAGUAUCACCUAAAAUCUUUGCUGACCUCUUUGGUCCCCAGGGCCAACCACUGUUCUCCCAUGCUGCUCUCAAGAGGGAAUCCCACUCCUGGCUACAGGAGCUAGACUCGCUUUGGUCUUCAUUUUGGCCUCUUUAAUUUCCUAAAGCACAAGUCCACGUAGAAUCCUGUCCCCUCUCCACACUGAUUCCAGGUGAGCUGGGUCUCUCCCAAAGCCUCAGGCAGACCUUCACUGUACCUGGGCUUGCAAUUUUCCCCCACUGCUGCUGCCUUAGUGACCAGGACUGGGGCGGGAGAGGGGGCCAGCUCGCCUCCCUCCUUUUCACAGGUAGACUCCAGCCAAUUACAGUCUUAUGUUAGCAAAUCUGCUUCCAGAUUGAUUUUUGAGAAACAUCACUUUCACAUUCCUUAUCCUAGUGUGUUUUGUUUUAUUCUCUCUGGGUUUUACGGAACUCCAGAUGCUGCCCUAGAAAUACUGUAUUUUGGAGUUCAUGCUCCGAAAGCCCCUGUGCCGCUGCGUCUUUUUGACUCCCAACAGCACCAGGUGUUUCGGACUUGCAAUUAGCAAUGCAACUUUUUCUAAAUAUGAGGAUAUUAACCUUUAUUAAGAAAUUAUACUAGACAGUGGUGUCCUUGUUUGUUUUAUGUUCUCACAUUACUUUUGAUUCUGUGUGGUGGUGAACAAAGAUCAUUACAAAAAAAACUGUAAUUUUGUUAUCUUUGAUUCAAUGGAAUUUCUUUACUUAAUAAAAUAAAGACUAAAAAGUGUA